CUUGUAUCAAACAAAAUGGUGCGGCAAAUAUUUAAGCCUUUAGCCAUGAAUUUUUGUCUACUCUUAUUGUUCCUCAACCUAAACUGGGUAACUCCCGAGCUGAUCAACAAAAAUGUCGAUCGCAUUUUGGACUUGUCCAGCCAGUUGGCCAAAGAGUCGCUAAAAAUCACCGCCACCGAUGAUGCCGGCAAACAAUUUAGCAAGUAUUCAUUAGUCAUUCCCCAAGAAUUAGCCGACUCCGUGUCCUACAUCUCCGUCAAAGAUGCUAAGAAAAAGGAUUUGAGUGUACGCAAAGAGACUAAGGAUGAUUUGGUAUAUUUCAAUGUUGAAUUGGCCAAUGCCGCUAGCAGCCAAGAUUUAUUGGUGGAAUUGGUUUAUAGUCAAGUUAUUAAGCCAUAUCCUGAGGAGAUUAAACAAUCAGAAAAGCAAUUGGUUAAGUACAAUGGUCUUUUGUAUUUCUAUACACCAUACAAGACUGCCGAACAAAAAACUCAGGUCGUUUUAAGUUCCUCGAACGUGAUUACAUACAAUCAAACAAAACCCUACAAUUUAGCCGGUAGUAAAAUUAAGUACGGACCCUACGAAAAUAUUGCAGCUCUCACCAAGGAAGAUCUUUACAUACAUUACGAAAAUCAAAAUCCCUUCAUGACUGUCAAUCGUUUGGAACGUACCAUACAAAUUUCGCACUGGGGUAACAUUGCCGUCGAAGAGGACAUACAAUUAACACACUCCGGCGCCAAAUUGAAAGGCUCAUUCUCUCGCUAUGAAUUCCAAAAAGAUGGUCGUUCCGGCCAGGCAGCCAUAAAAUCCUAUAAAACCAUGUUGCCCUCAUCGGCAUUUGGUGUCUACUACAGAGACAGCAAUGGCAACAUCUCCACUUCGAAUAUGAAUGUAUUGCGUGAAUAUGUCGAUGUUGAGUUGAGACCACGUUUCCCAUUGUUUGGUGGCUGGAAAACUCAAUACACCCUAGGCUAUAAUAUUCCUUCGUUUGAGUAUCUGUUCAAUAAUGGUGGUGAUUAUGUGCUUAAAAUGCGCCUAAUCGAUCACAUUUACGAUGACAUGAUUAUCGAUGAGGCUGUUGUGAACAUUAUUUUACCCGAAGGUUGUACAAAUAUCAAACUAAAGACCCCCUAUAACGUGCAAAGAAAAGGUGAUGGUUUGACCUACACGUAUUUGGACACUUUUGGCCGUCCCACAAUUACCUUCACCAAAAAGAAUUUGGUGGAAAAUCAUAUUUCCAACUUUGAGUUGCGUUAUAACUUUUCGAAAAUUUUGCUUUUACAAGAGCCCUUAUUAAUUAUAACUUUUGUUUUUAUCAUAUUUAUUUUAACGAUUAUUUUCAAACGUUUAGAUUUCUCCAUAUCCACACAUUCGCAUAAAGAUUAAGAAGGCAUUAAAUGUGUAAUAAGAUAAUAUAUUUUCCUUUUUUUUAAAAAAAAAAAAUACAUACUAAUAAAACAGUUAAAACCUCUUAAUGACAAAAUAAUUUGUCCAUAAUGGAUAAAUUUAAGGUAAUUUAAAGAUUUACUAGAGGUUUAAUUUAAAAUUUUUAACUAAAUAGAAAA